AUGUCGCACCUUUAUGAAUUUUUUACAGAAAAAAGGAUUAUUACUAUUAUUAAUGGCGAAAAGUUUAACAUAAAAUUAGACGAAUUGAAUAGUUUAAAAGCAUUGCGAGAAUUCCUGACUUCAAAUAAAGAUAUUUCAAUAGAUUGGAGCAAUGCACACUUUAUAGAUACAGCCAAAGCUAAAAUAUCUCAUAACAGCGAGAACCGUUAUAAGGUUAAAGAUAUUUUAAUUCAAGAGGACGAUUAUUAUGCUUUAUAUAUAGAGGUAAACACAUCAAUUCCGAACAUUCCAGAAAUCAUAAAAAAACUUAAGAUAGAUAAAGGGUAUAAAUUGGAUAAUGGCACUAUUGUUGCGGCAAAUAAGCAAGCAUUUUAUAUAGACAACAUGUCUUUUAAUGUUAAAGACACGUUUUCUAGUUAUCAUUGGAAAACAAAAGAAAAUUUUGAACAUUUGUGGGCGAAAAGUUUUGAGGACAGGCAUAAACCAAAUGACGAAGUAGAAGGCAGCAAAGUAAUUUCACUAAAUGAAUGCAAACUUUAUUAUGCUGAAAAAGCUAAUAUUCUAUUAUCACAUGAAAAUUUGAAAUUAACAAAAGAAUAUUAUUAUGCCAUCAAGAAUAUAAUCUGUCAAAAAUAUUGGAGCGACACAGAAAAAAUAGAUUCCUUAAAUAAAAUUGGCGAAGAUUACGGUUUUUUCUGGCCUAGUGAAAUCAUGCUUGGCGGUAAAAUUAUGCAAUUUAUCGAUCCUAAAUCACAACUUCAACAUAGAAUACUUGGUGGUGAUAUCCUAAUGUCAGAAAAUAAAAAUGAUUGGCUACAGCAUUUAAAAUCUUACAAAAAUUGGGAAAUUAUUGGAUAUUAUAAUAGAAUUUCACUUUACGAAUUGCUUGAUGAAAAUCUACAGCGUAAAAUAAAAAAGCUGUUUGGAAUGAAAGUGUAUCAUUUAGAUGCGUUAUCUAUUAAUAAAACUAUACCAGUAACCGGAUUAUAUUAUCGUAUUCCUAAGCCACCAAAGAUUCCUUCGUUUGGGGAUCAUAAAAUAUUUGCAUCCAUCAUAAAUAAAACUAGUAGUGUAUUUACAAUCCGUGUCGAUUAUCCAGAUCCGGAGAGACCACAUUUUGUAAUUCAUCGUAUUGAUGCAAGAAAUGAAGAUUCCUCACCA